AUGUGGAGGUCGAGAGUAACAGACUUGUUACUGGACAAACAAAUUCAAAAUCUUUUAAGGAAAGUAUCUCUGAACCAACAGGCUCUGCCAUUCGAGGCUGAGAUGAAAUCGAAGUCAUGUAUUGUGUUGCGGCCCGUUUGUUUUCUCAUUUUACUGAUGGUUGUAGUGUUGACUGUAGCCGGUUUAUUCAUCCCAUUUUGGAUAAAAAAGGUUACACGAAUCGAAGAUGAAGUUAAGUUGAUCGCUCACGAUACCAAUCAAGAAUUAAUCUCAGGAAUUCAAAGAGCAUCUUCGUUAUUUUCCCAUAUUAAUUCCCCGGCUAUCAACUUGGCACGAAUAUUAAGUUCGUCGUUGGACGUCGAUAAGCUUACGUUCUCAAUCAUCGAAUCAAAGGUGGCUUCCUCACUAUUUCAAUAUUUAUCAGCAGUUCCAUACAUGUCCCAGAUUUCGUACAUCGGACUCGAUGACUUAUUCUUCGCAUACUACUCCGAAACAAAUCAAUUAUACGCAUUAUACUCAAAUUCUACACAAAAUGGUACCAAUAUCAAAACUUGGUACGUUCAGCCCGCAAAUCAAGACACGGGAAAACUAUACGGAGAAGCAACUAAGUCAACUCCAUCACGUGUAGUUGACUCGAGCUGUUUUCAAAAAUCACUUAACAGUUCAAACGGAUACUCAUCGGCUGGGAUUGGGUGGGGCCCGUCUCGAAUUAAUACAUUCCUUAGUACUGUUUGUAUGCGCGGGAAAAAAGGAGCUAUUUCUAUAGGCUUCCCAAUGAAAUUCCUCACUGAUUUUUUGGCCAACCGAAACUUGUAUUUGGCCACCGACAAUGGGAAUGUGUUAAGUCAGGGUAAUAUUCCGAACAUGCGUAUGAUCGUGUUAUCUGAUAAUAAAGUCUCGUUUCAAUUGUUAGGCGAAGAUGAAAAAACGGUUAUUAGUAUUGUGGGAAAUUUCACUUGUCGAUUGGACAAUGGCACGUCUGGAGAAGAUGAUUCUGUGUUGAGCGUUCGAGGCAAAAGAUAUACCGUUCAUUGUUCGCCAGUCGAGAUUGCAGGACUAAGAUUGGUAUAUGCUUUUGUAGUACCUGAAAACAGGUUCUUGAGCCUCAUUCACAGCAACAUCAGGCUUGCAUUCGUCCUGCUUGUGCUAGUGAUAGCUUUCAUAGUGAUAGUGACGUGCGGUUUACUGUACGUGACAUUUGAGGCCGCCAAACGCGAAAUGUACCUUUGUGGAGCCCUCAUAAACCAAAUGGAAGCAACUCAGCAGUCAGAGAGGAAGAGCAUGAACAAAAGCCUGGCAUUUGCAAGGGCAAGCCACGACAUUCGAGCCUCUCUAGCUGGCAUAACCGGCUUGAUCGAAAUAUGCCGAGACGAAAUCACCAAAAACGACACUCAUGGUUCGGAAAUGUUCACGAAUUUACGCCAAAUGGAAGCCUGCACAAGGGACCUCUUAGGUUUGGCUCUUUAUUCUUUGUUUUGA